CCGUGACGCGCGCGGAAGCGCCCUGGGCAGCCUCGGGAGCCGGCGGGCAGCGGAGCGGCGGCGGCGGCCACGGCCGGGCGCCCCGACGGCAGGGGCCCUGGAUCGCUCGGAGGCGCUGACCCCCCGCGGCCCCGCCGCCGUCCCCGGCGGCUCCAUGAGUCGGGAGACCAUGCCCCAGCCGGGAGCCUGGCUGGGCGCGGGCCGUGCGGAGAAGCUGGCGCGGGAGGCGGGCGCCGUGUCCCCGGGCCCCGGCAGAGCCGCCGCGCGGGGAGGCGGGAAGGCGGCGGCCGGCGGGCAGCAGCGGGCCGCCGUGCGGUGCCCGGCCGAGCACGAGGAGGACAUGUAUCGUGCUGCGGAUGAAAUAGAAAAGGAGAAAGAGUUACUUAUACAUGAAAGAGGGUUAUCAGAACCUAAAUUAAGUGUAGCUCCUGAAAUGGAUAUCAUGGACUACUGCAAAAAAGAAUGGAGGGGAAAUACUCAAAAAGCUACAUGUAUGAAAAAGGGCUAUGAAGAGGUAUCUCAGAAAUUCACCUCCAUAAGGCGAGUCCGCGGAGAUAACUACUGUGCACUGCGCGCCACGCUGUUCCAGGCCAUGAGCCAGCCGGCGGGGCUGCCCUCCUGGCUGCAGGACCCGGAGCUCACGCUGUUACCAGAAAAACUCAUAAGCAAAUACAGCUGGAUCAAGCAGUGGAAACUUGGGUUGAAAUUUGAGGGGAAGAGCGAGGACCUGGUUGAUAAAAUUAAGGAGUCCCUCACUUUACUAAGGAAGAAGUGGGCAGGCUUGGCUGAACUGAGAACUGCUGAAGCAAGGCAGAUAGCUUGCGAUGAACUGUUCACAAAUGAAGAGGAAGAAUAUAGCCUUUAUGAAGCUGUAAAAUUUUUAAUGUUACACAGAGCCAUUGAACUAUAUGAUGAUAAAGAGAAGGGCGAGGACGUACCAUUUUUCUCUGUGCUUCUGUUUGCUCGGGACACAUCCAGUGACCCUGGACAGCUACUGAGGAACCAUCUAAAUCAGGUGGGACACACUGGUGGCCUUGAACAGAUUGAAAUGUUCCUCCUGGCCUAUGCGGUGCGCCACACCAUCCAGGUGUACCGGCUCUCCAAAUACAGCACUGAGGAGUUCAUCACGGUCUACCCCACAGACCCACCCAGGGACUGGCCGGUGGUGACCCUGAUCGCUGAGGACGACCGGCACUACAACAUCCCCGUCAGAGUGUGUGAGGAGACGAGCUUGUGAGAGACACACACCCGGACAGCCUGGCAGCAGGGCCAGAGUGUGCGGCACCUCCUCAGCUCGGUCAGCUGGUCUCUUAGAAUGAAUUAUGUGGACUUUUGGACACUGCGAGCCAAGCUGGCCUGGGAUGUUCUGAAGACUAGCUUCUGAUAAUGAGUUAACCAAGUUUUCUCCUCAUAUAUGAUGCAAUAUGUUUUAGUAGAACCUUUCAGAGCCACAUCUGUUGGAAGGUGCACAUCUUUUCCAUAAAAUAAAUAUUUUAGUAUCAGGAGAAUAUGUUCUUUUUAUCUCAAACCAAACUUUCUCUAUUAGUAAACUGGCUUUCAAUUUUUUUUUAAUAAUUUUUUUGUUUUGGUAGUAAUGGGUGUCUGGUGCCUGCCCUUCCUAUGCAGUCUGCUUAUGCGGUAUAAUUCUGGGAUGGAAUCUGCUAAUGGCGCAGUCUCAACAUCCUCUGUAGUCUUGGCAAGCAGUGAUUUGGAUUUACAUACUAAUUAAAGCUACCUUAAACAGAUUACUUAAUGGAAGACUGAUAAUUGGUUUUCUAGAGGCUGGAGAGGAGCAGAAGGGAGACGAUGGCACCUGGAAAUCCUUGCUUUUCGAGGACAUGACCAGUAGUGUUGAGUCCGCAGCCACACCAGGUUUGGUGCGGGGUGCAAGUGGUGUGCUUUAGGGUCGGGCUGUUAAUUACUCUGUGGCCCAUAGGCUCACUACCAAAGUCAGAACAUAGCUCAGAUCUACCUGUGUUUUUAGAGGAGGAAGCCAAGGCCAAAUAACCGUAGGCACUCGUCUGAGUUUAGGGGUGGGAUAUGCUGGAUCCAGAUCUUCCUGUGCCCUUUUCCUGCUAUCUUUUAGGAUGUUUCUAUUGCUGGCAGUAUAUCUGCCAGCAGUACUGCACAGCACUAAAACAGUGCAAAAGAUGGCUGUGCUGUAUCCCUGCUUUAUUUUUGGAAAACUCGAGGGAGGCAGUGUUCUGGGCCAUGAGCAGUUGCCUGCCUAGUGACCAGGUGGUGGUUACGGGGCAGCCUCACCGAGCAUGGCCUGCAUUAGGACUUGAAUUGUCUACGUGAGGCAUGGACUGUGGACACUGCUCACAGUAACCAGACACAUCACUCUUAGGGUUGUACCAGCAGCACCCGAAUUGGCUCAGCAUUUGUGGAGGUGGUGUUUCCCUGAAGCACCGAGCUUUAUUUUAGAAUAACUUAAGUCUUUAUUUGGUGCCGUUUUGGUGCCGUUUAAUAGUUUAUAAGCUCUCUGUGUUUUUUUAGUGGGGCGAAACUAUUUUGAAAAGUAAGUUUUGCUUUCACUUCAAAUUCUUAGUUGAGAAAAUUCAGAGGCCACACAAAACUACACAGACUGUUAUGUUAGCAUUUUCCCCAUGACCUUGUCAGUACUGGUCACCACAUUUUGGUAGAUGCUAGUUCCCUGAAUCAAAUUCUGCUCUAAAUGUGUGUGGAUUAGAGAGGCUUGUGUUUUUCACUGUGAAAUGCAAUGGUGCCUGGAUAGGAGGUGCCUAGAAGCCAAAUUCAAGUAAUAAUAAUAAUGAUUUCUUCAUUUUAAUAUUUGUAACAUAACAGGAAGUACAUACCACCGUUUGUUCAUACCCACCAUUGAAUUUAAUGGUACUCAUGAUCAUUUGUCUUUGAGUUUUGAAAAUAAUCUAAUCUCAGUGAACUUGAACUGGACUUCUAGGCAACCUAAUUGUUUACAUUUUAUACUUUUUUGUUUCUGUGUACGGUAUUAUUAAGUUGUGAUCUUCACUCCUACACUUAUAAAAAUUCAAAAAGAUAAGUUUAAUUGCUUUUCUGUCCCAAGGCCUUAUUUGACCCUGCUCUCAGACAUAUCCAGGCUUAGUGGGGUCACAGCAUAAGAGGAGCAAAGCUGUCCAUGAAACAGUGCUUCAGGAAAUACAGAUGACUGGCCAACUUUAAAAAUAACGUUUGUUGCAACAUGCAACUUCAGUUACUCAGAUUCCUAAUUCCAUUUCUCAUUCCUGGUCUUGGGCUGGUCAGUGACAUGAGCAGAAUAAAAAUGGAAUUGAGACCAAAAUUCCAUUCAAGAGAACAAUAAUUUAGAAGGACCUCUAAAAUGAUCAAGUAUCUAUAAGGAAAGUUAGUGGGAAUUGCACUGUGUUUACUUUCAAUCCCAGAGUUUAUUGCAAGAGUUCAGAGAUUUUGGACUCUAUGAUUUUGGCAGAAAGAUGAUCUCCACCUUAAGCAGGCAUGACUUAUUCCUUUGAGUUCAUUUAAAUAUUAAUGGCACAUAAAAAAUUAAUAAAAAAUUUCUGUGUAGCAAGUUUUAUGGAAUUAGCUUUGCUCCUUCAGAAUUUUUUCUGGCUCCUCUCCUCACCUGCAUAUACAGCUGUUCAUCUCACCCAUACACGUGGAAUGGUGAUGUCGGCAGUGGAGAACAUGAGGCCAGUGUGUGGAUUUUCACUUGUGAUCUAGAUGUAGGUGGAAUUUUAUCUGAAAUGCUUGCAGUCCCUUUCUUUCGAAUACGGCAUAUCUGAAAAUGUUUUAAAUGCACAGAACAAAACUGACCCUGUUUUCUCUAUAUAGCAAUUUCCACUUUUAUUACACUGUUAUAUAUUCAGUUAAUGCCUGAUGAAAUUUUUCUUUGAUUAAGAAAAACAGACACUGUCUUUUUGUGUUCUUUCAUUAGUUUAUCAGGUAAAAUCUCAGGCCACAUGCACUAACACCUCUCUGCUGGAAGAAACGGCCUUUGCAGGUUAUAUGCUUAUUUUCUUUUAAGUAUUUUUGUUUUAAGGGCUGUGCUAGUCCUCCUGCUCUCACCCUCACCCCCACGUGCUGUUUUCUUCCAGAUAAUGACUGAAGUGCUUAUGAAAAUGAUAUCAUUGCAUUUAAUGAUGUAGCCUUUACCAUCAGCAUAGAUGUAGGAUUCCAGUAUUCUUUCUGGCUGUUCUUUCUGAUGUUAAAAUAAAGUUAGAUUAUCUUCUUUUCUCUUUCUUAAGCAACACUUUGCAGGCACUCCCCCUUGAAAGCCAGAAAGUUAUUUUCAGAAAUAUAUACCUCCAGGGCAUCUCACUUGUAGGCAUACCUAAAAAUAAAUGCCUUUUUAAAAGAUCUGUGACUACUGUGAAGUGAAUCUGAAAUGUGUGUGAAAGGCCUGGGGUGUCCCCAAAUAGUUUAGCAGAAGCAGAGUCCAAUGUCAAGUCAUUUAAAAAUGGCCCAAGGAACUGUACAAAGUGAACUGAAGGAGGACUGAUUUUUAGAUGAGAAAUGCCUCACAGAAAUGAAGCAACAGAUGCCCUGCAGACCUCCUGGGCUUAAAUUAUAAAAGAAUACAAAUCUGAAAGAGAGGGAAGACCUAUGUGGGUGGAUUCUGCAAAUUCCUUUUUCUAAAGUUUGUUAAUUCCCUACGUAACAGAAGUGUAAUAUUUAAUGCCUUUGGGCAACCUCAUUGGUGAUCUCUUCUGAGGGGUGAAGAGACCAGGGAGCCAGUGCUGAGUUGUACAGAGAAUAAAGACUUAUUUCUGGCAACUCUUUUAAAUGUUUGUGUAAUUCUAUUUAUAACCAGGAGCCAUGGAAAGCACAAAACUCAUUUGACUCCUUGACAGCACCUUAGUGGCAGUAGCAUUGGGAGCAAGGUGGGCUUGCCAUGCCCAGGAGGGGUGUGUGGGUUGUAUGUGCAUGCAAGCACAUGCAUGUAUACAAAUGUAUGUGUGCUGAAGUCACAUAGUGACUGUCUUAUGUAAGGAGGCCUACAGCAGGGGGCCCAUCAGAAUUGGGUAGGUUGGAGGGGAGAUGUCCCAUUUGUAUUUUUUUCUUGGUAAAUUGAAAAUUACGACUGGAAAUAGUGGAAUGGGUUAGUAUGUAUGUAUAAUUAAACUAUACAGAGUGGCCAUUAAAUCUGGAAAUACAUUAAUUGUAUUGAAAUGUUAUAUCAACAAACCAUUUAUUGUAUGUCUCUGUUCCCAGGCCUUAUGGCCACCUGUUUAUUUAAAGAUUUCAAAUGCUUAUUAAUAGCCAGAGCUAUUAAUGGAGAACACUGACUGGAGUUUUAUCUCAGUCUUGUUGAUUUCUUGGGUGUAAGUCUGGGUCAGGGAUGAAAUUGCCAAAACAUGGGUAACAGCAAGGAAACGGUCCAGUCCGGGCUUGAAAUUUCAAGUUAGCAGUCGUUUCCCUGGGGUUAAGCUUAGUAAAGUCAUUUUGUAUUUAAUUUUAACAGUUGUAUUAUAUUGAAAAAUGCCUUCAUGUAAAUGGUGCUAUAGUAUGGUACCCUUCCCUUUCAGGUUCACCCCUCCCUUUCAGGUUCAUUUCUGAGUAUUUAGAUAUGGGAACAAAGAGCCAAAAUGAAUGUAUUUAAUGAGUUAUCUGCCCUUUUCCAUUGCUUUUAUAGAAAUGUCUUGGUAUUGUCACCUGUCUGGUAUUUCUCCCUCAGCAGGCGGGGCUGGGAAGGGGGAGAGAGCAGCAGGUACACGAGGUGUGAACCUGGCCCUGCUCUUCUUGGCUUGUUUCAGUCAAGUCUCUGUUUACACUGUAAAAUGUCAACAUUUGUCAAAAAAUUCUCCUUUUCUG